AUGCAUCUCACGUCCGUCAUCCCCCUGCUCGCCGCCGCAGCAACUCCCAUCAUGGCCCUCGGCAAAGCCACCGUCGUAAACAACUGCGCAACCGAAGUCUCCGUCUGGUCCGUCGGCGGCGACGUCCGCGCCGCGGGGCCCCUAGCCGCCAAGGGCGGCUCCUACAGCGAGACCUUUGCCCGGGACCCCGUCACGGGCGGCCGGGCCUUGAAGGUCACCCUCGCGCGCGAUGGCCUGUACACGGGCGCGCCGCAGCUUGUCUACGCGUAUAACCUGGACGGCGCCGAUGUGUGGUACGAUCUGAGCACCCUCUUCGGGGACGGGUUCAAGGGGAGCAAGAUUGUUGUUGCGAGUAGGCUGGCGAGCUGUCCGGCUAUUGUUUGGGAGGGCGGGGUGAGUCCCGGGGGCAGUAAGGUCAAGGUUUGUACGGCGGAGCAGGACGUUGUUUUGACGCUUUGCGCUUGA